AUGUCACAGGGUGGGGGGUCACUAGGAGCAAUGUACACAUGCAAUCAGAGUGCGAAGUCCCCAAAGCUGACGCGUCGACAGAAGGAUAUGGCUAAGGUUGUGGAUACGUUACCUGCUCAGGGCGACAUGGAUUUGGAUGAACCGGUGGUUCCAGAGCCUAUUAGUACUGAGGAACGUGCUAGGAUGGAGGAAGAUCCAGUGGAUGAGCCCUUAUAA